GCUCAAACAGCUGUCAGAAGUAAAAAUGGCGUUGUCGUGAACGGUUCGUACAAAUAACUUCGCGCACCGCAAAAACAAUUGAAAUAAAAUGCAAUUAGCAUUUGCAACGCCCUUUAAUUAACAACAAAAUGUGCGCGCAACUCUGACAUAAGUAUUGUUAAUCAAAAAUUGCGUGCACGUGCCGUACAUAAGUGUUUUUCUGCCAAUUACAUGCGUUUGCUGUUUUCUGUGGUGUGUUCAACUUUUUUUGCACCAGUGAAAAAUGUUCAGCGUGUAAGUCAAUAUGAGGCAUUAUUUGGCUCUGCAUGAUGAGGAAAUUAUGUCCAGAUGCGUGUUAUAAAUGUUUAUGAAGAAACCAAAAAUUGACAAAACGAAACAAAACAAAAUAAACGAAACGAAAGAGAAUCGAAUUAAGCAAUCGCAAGAGCAGCAAAAAUAUGCCGAACACAAGAAGUAAGCCCUCUUGUAGAAUCCAGCACUUUAAACAUUAGACGGAACUGACUCAAAUGUGAAGCAGAUGUGUGGUAUUAGAUUAUAGCUUCCACUUUUCGUUUAUUGCUCAUAUUUUGGAAGCGAGCGAUCCAAAUUGGAACGUUGACUCAAUUAAAUUUUGCCACAAUUCGAAUCGAAACCGAACCGAGAGAGAGAAAUAACAGAAUUAACUAUCCCAGUAUCAUUCCAAAUCGUACAAUAGUAUAAAAGUAAUAAGGGAAAAAAGACAACCACAAGGAUUUCGUGCAAUCUAUGCAUGUUAUUAACAAAAUUAGACGGAUUGGCAAAAGUGCAGCAGCAGUUGAAAUCCGGCGGAAAGUAGUUAACGUCGUCUUCGCGUUGAGAUAACCAAAAUUCUCGUGUACAAAAUGUCACUGGCCGACAUGGGCACAGCAACGCGAUCCGUUGGCGGUGGGGUCGGUGGAGGAUCACGUCAUUAUGAUCUCAGCAACCCCAAUGGCGGAGGAGUUUCCGGCAGUGGACUGCCUGGCGGACGCAUGACCCAUUCCCUGAGCACACCCAGCGGGGUCGAUGGCACACCGUCAACGCCAAGACAUCGCGGUGGCAAGAAGCUCACUGUGCGCAUACAAAUGCUGGAUGAUUCGGUUACAAUGUUUCAAGUUCAGGCCAAAGCUUUGGGUCGAGUACUUUUCGAGCAAGUUUGCCGCCAGCUAAACUUGCUAGAAGCGGACUAUUUUGGCUUGGAAUAUCAGGAAAUAUCCACACAUACCAAAUACUGGCUCGAUCUGGAAAAGCCAAUGAAUCGUCAAGUGGGUCUAUCACUCAUCGAUCCAGUGCUGCGAUUCUGCAUCAAAUUUUAUACCCCCGAUCCUGCUCAACUGGAGGAGGAGUAUACAAGAUAUCUAUUCUGUUUGCAAAUCAAACGCGACCUAGCUACGGGCAGCUUGCAAUGCAAUGAUAAUACAGCGGCGCUUAUGGCCAGCUACAUUGUGCAGGCAUCGUGUGGAGACUAUGUGCCCGAGGAUUAUCCUGAUCAUACAUAUUUAUCGUCGUAUCGAUUUGUGCCCCACCAGGAUGCCACAAUGCAACGAAAGAUAAUGGAAAAUCACAAGAAGCACUUUGGUCAAUCGCCGGCCGAGGCCGAUCUUAAUCUACUAGAGACAGCACGUCGCUGUGAGCUUUAUGGCAUGAAAAUGCAUCCCGCCAAGGAUGUAGAGGGUGUUCCACUAAAUCUAGCUGUGGCUCAUAUGGGUCUUACCGUGUUUCAGAAUAUAACUCGCAUUAAUACCUUUUCCUGGGCCAAAAUUCGCAAAAUUUCAUUUAAACGAAAACGUUUUCUUGUCAAACUGCACCCCGAAGGCUACGGCUACUACAAGGACACAGUUGAGUUCUUUUUUGAGGGACGCAAUGAGUGCAAGAAUUUCUGGAAGAAGUGUGUUGAAAAUCACGGAUUCUUCCGGUGCACAACAGUUCAGAGUACACCCAGGCGUAAGACCCGCGUCCUUUCCCGUGGAAGUUCGUUCCGUUACAGUGGAAGAACGCAAAAACAGAUCAUUGAAUUUGUUCGCGAAAAUUAUGUAAAGCGUCAAACCUUCCAAAGGUCUCAGUCAUUCCGGCAAGGGCCACUGAAUGCUAGUAGCCGAAGUCAGUCGCAUACGUAUGUGAAUUCCAGCAUUUCAGCCAAUCCCCUACUCCCAAUUGACACUGCGGCAUGGGAUUAUCGCAAUCAAUGCAACGACUCGAUGACCCCUUCUCUGACGAAGAAGGCAGCGGAUACCUUGGAUCGCCGACGCGACAAUCCUACAGACCACAUGCGUUCUCAAGUCACAGCAGCCCAGGUGGAGAUCUAUCAGACGAAGAAUUAUGCAGCGGAAUCGCCAACCUCUCCGGAGGAAGCGGCAUGCUCGGCGGAACGGCAACACCACUCGGCAGCGGGUAUGGACCAAAUGAAUUCGAACCGCUCGGUUUCACCACAGGGUCCGCAAUCGUGGACUUCGCCCAGCCACAGCAGCCAACUGCAGCGCGCUCCCGAUCAGGCUCGUGUGCAUCCAAGCGAUCGCAAUUUAGGUCUGAGCCACUUGUCCCACUUAUACAGCAGCAGCACGCCUCGUCGAGUCUCAGUGGGAUCCCAAGCGUAUGUCCCUGCGUCGCCGCAGCUCAUCAGCAUCAACAACAAUCACACUCACAACAACACUACCAACACCAGCACAGUGGGUCUUUCGGUGGAUCUCAGCAGCUCCAUGGAGUUGGAGGAGCAGGAGGAGGAGCUUCUGGAACCUGCGGAUUUGGAGGAGGAGGAGCCUAUGGGGGAGGAGGAGGAAUUAGUCGAGGAGGAAGCGGAUUCGGACUUGACAGCAUCUACCAUCAAUCGGGAGACUAUGGCGGCAGUCUCACCGGUCUCGGCCAUGGUCAUGUCCAAUGCCCGUCGUCAGCCGCUUCGGUCACAGGAGUCCCAAUCGCAAACUGUCACCCCAGUCCAUUAUAGCAGUACGAAUUAUUCGAUGUCUAAACAGUGUAUGCUUAACAAUGCCAAUGCCAACUCGACCGAAACCGAAACCGACAACAUCAUUUACACUGACAUCAACGAUGUGGGACACUAUAAAUAUCCGGACUUUCACAGCGCCCAAAUGGAGCAUAAGAUCUCAAAUAGUGAGCACCUUAAUCUUAACGACCGCAACGAUAUAUAUGCCACGGUCAAUCGCAAGACAAAGUCAAAGACGCGCGAGAAACACUUUAGUGAUGAGUUUAUUGAUCAGUCUAUACUCCAAUAUACUCGAGCCAAGCAAAUGGGCAUACAUCCACCCAUGCCGAUGCUACAACAGCCUAGCACAUCAGCUUAUGCUGCCGCCCAGGAGCGGAACUAUAAUAGUUUAAACUAUCAAUACCAUAACGAUCUCAAUCAUCCGUCGGAGUCGUCUUCGUCCUCCUACUUUGGCACCGGAUUUAACACAAAACGUUAUGCUCAAAAUGAUCGUGUUAAGUUAGCUCAAUCUGAUAACUAUUUGACUCCAUCGAUCGAUUCGCAGAGUUCCCGGCAUACGCACUCUCUGCCACGAAAUUCCGAGCUGUCUGGUGUUGAUUCAGUUGACUCCUACGAUAGUCAUUACAUUACUCACCAUCCAAGGCGGAGCUCAGCGGAGAAACUAGAAUAUCCUAUAACUUCCGGGAAUUUAUAUUCCACAGCACAAUUUGUCAAACCAGAACAGGCUGCUGUACAUUAUAUGGAUGAUGAGGAUGAGCAAGACGAAGAUGGAGAUGGAGAGGGAGAGAAUAUUUAUGACCAGGUAGAACGUGAGUCAUGGCUCAAGAGUAGCUCUUGUAAGGAUCUCUUUGAACGCUAUAGCAGUGCCUAUUAUGCUCGUGAGCAGUCUAAGCCCAUGACAGCAUUCGAUAAAGAGUUCCUCUCGUCAAAUCGCAUUGAUUCACCAGUUACUCGAUAUGAUGAUUCUCGUCAUUCUCUUUACUUUACAAAGAAUCAUUCUAUUGAUGCUCAUCAAGACUUUUCGCCUUUGCCGCAUAGCAAGGUGUACUCAUCCAGCUAUCCAGGCAGCACAUACAAUACGCAAGAGCACAAGCGACACUAUGGCCAUCAGCAAGACUAUACUGGAUCACAGGAUGAUAUAUCGCAGGACAGUUACGAACUCUUGGAGAAGUAUGAUAUAGAUUUCUUUAGUGGUCGACGACGAUCUGAAGACCACAUGCGUUCCUGCUCUCUAGAUUCUGGCAACUACAUACCUAGCGAUGAUGAGUCAGUCUCAGAGCAGCCAAAGUAUCGCUCGGCUAUAGAUGUAAAGUCUAAGUCGGCUGCCGAUAUUAUGAAUGAAAUCUGGGAUGCCGAAGAUCCACGAUAUUUGCCACGCGAAAAGCUUUCCGUUAAAUCAGAUGGAAAUUUCUAUAAAAAGAUUCAAGAAGCUCUUACGCGUACCUCAAGUCAAGAAAGUCAAAGUGAAAUGUUUGAGACGAAGAUCUCCCGCAGCUCGGACUCGAGCAAGAAAUCCCGAGACAGUCUUUAUCACACAGAUAGUAAGAAAUCCAGAGAAACGACCAAAAGCAAAACUUCAGUGGCUUCCAGUCAGGAUUCCAAGGAAUCGUUAGUAGGGGAUUGUUUUGGACGAAAUUAUGAAAUGCCAACGACCACCUGCAAGAAGGUUAAGCAGUUUAACAAGAAAGAGCUUUACGAAAAGUUCAUACAGUCCAGUCAGGAAUCAAAGAGUGAUUAUUAUGAUGCCGUCGAGCCAGUGCCAGAUGCCGAUGGCCUCUACUCACGACCAAAAGUUAAGAGCCACGACUGCUUACUCUCGGACACGCAUAGUUCCACGGCAAAUAGUUCUUUUUAUGAUAGUCGUGAUACAUAUUCCACGUUCCCAAGCAACAAAACUCAUAAAACAUCCAAGGUACACUCAAUUAGUCUUCAAAAUGUGGAAAUUGAGCGUAAUGCAAAGUCCUUCGGUAGCAAAUCACCUGAAUCAGUAUCUACGCCCGCUUCUGGUAUGCGUUGCCAAGAGAAAGAUAUACAAACUGGUGACUCCAUUGAUCAAACAGCGCCCAUCAAGAAAUCAAAUUCGCAGUCCUGUAAGAUCUCAGCUUUUCGACGUCGAUCAGACAGCGAGAACAUUUUUAGUUUUGAUCAGGAUCGAAUUGAAUGUAUUCAAAAGUACACUAAGCAAUGGGAAGGGCAGCCAAAGGAUGAGAAGUCAAAGCAAAGUCCAGAAUAUCCAUUAACUCCAGAACUUGUGUCAGAGUUUGAGAAACAGCAAUCGCGUGCCGCUCAUCAAAAAAUCACACGAAAAGAGGAGCUUAUGGCUAAAACGCAUUUUGAGGAGUACAAUCCUAUUUUGGUACCCCUGAACUAUUCACAUGCUACAGUGGAGCGCACUAAGAGUGAUCCAAACUCAUUGGCAAAUCGGGCUCGGCUUGGAAGCAACUCUCGUCGUCAUGUUCUAAUGCAUCAGAAAUCAAUAGAUCUCACACCAGCUGACUCAAGUGAUGAAGACUACAUCUAUAAACAAAUACCAAGUGCGCCACCUUUAUGUAAAGCACAUGGAAACUUUGAAAUACCCAAAUGCUAUGAAGGACAGACAGCCCCUCAGGUGGAUAUACCAAAAACUGGGUUCGAGUUACCAAAAAGCUUCUUCCGAGACUAUGAACGUCGCUUUACUAAAGUACUAAAAGAGGAUAUACCUUAUGUGCUUCACAAGCGACAUAUUAUGAAUGGCACGGCUCCAGCAACAGGUGCCAAAGGUCAUAAUAAACCAAAGUCUCCGAAAUCUCCAAAAUCGCCAAAGUCUCCGAAGUCACCAAAGUCUCCAAAAUCACCAAAAGCAAGUGCUAUUGCCGUUCCUGGUCCAGAUGAUUUUCUCCCGGAUAUUCUUGAUAGCUUGCUCCCGGCAGAAACAAAAGAGUUCUUGUUCACUCAAAAUAUUGAUUUAUCCAAAGUCGAUCCUAUAACACUUGAAAUUGAGAAAACUAUUCCAAUUAUUCAGCUGUCAUCUCCCAAACGUGAUAUUACCAAGCAAAUGGACGCAUCUACGCUGGAAAAACUUAACAAAAAGUUAAGUCAAAUUGAAAGUGAUUCAGCAACCAGUUCCAAAACUGAGAGUAUGCAACAGCAAAAGCUAGAACAAAAACAAAUGGAGUUAAUUCAAAGUCUCCGUAAGGAACUACAGGCCAAUGCCCGAAAGGCCAAUAAACCACGUGUAAUACCCAAGACAAAGCCAUCGGGCAAGUCCAAGAAGGGAAAGACCCGUAUAACAUCGUUUUCUUCGGAUGACGAGAGUUUGGAUUCAGACGAUGUAUUUGGUUCGGCUGAGGCUAUACCCGACCGUUUGGAGUUUUCUCCUCCACAAUCACGCAAAGAGAUUGAACCGAUUUUGCGUAUUGAGCAAAGUCGCCUCAUUUCGGCUGCCUGGGGUCGAGGACAAACUAUGAGCUCAACCGAAAUUGAAGGUUCGCCGCCACAGUGCCGUCGACUUGCUGAUCUUGAGAGCCGUUAUCAUACGCAGAAGCUGGAUCCACAAUAUGCUAACGCUACGGAACUGCGUCGAAUAUCAGAGCGCUCUAUCUCCAUACCAUCCUCAGAGGAUGAGCCUCAUUUGCCCACGCGACGUAUGGACGAAUGUACAAAUGAUUAUCAACGCAAUGAAAACAUACCUUCCCCCAUAUUUGAACAUGCUGAGUUCUUUCGCAGCAACGAUGAUAUUUACGAGACAUGUCAUGAAGAAAAGAUAAGCGGUUCAGAUAUUGAUUACACCCUCAAAAAACAAACAGCCAAGUCUAAGGUUAAACUUAUUGAAGAAAUUAUUGAUUCUUCAAUAGUUAUGCGAUCAAAGGGUCAUGCUCCCAUACUUUUUGCCCAUGCCCGACUCAAUCUAUCGGAAGGCUCGGUAUCUCUACAACGACAGCAGGCUACUCAGCAGUCUCCCACCACGGAGCGUCGUACUAAGAGCCUGGAUACACCAGUAAUUUCUUUGCAUCGUUUACCACCAAUGAAUGCGUUUUCCUCAAAGGAUGACACCGUUGGCUUUGAGGAGGAGGGCGAAAUUUUGGAAGAGAAACCAUUGGAGCGUGCUAAUCAAAGCACUCAGCAGGAAGACGAUACAGCGGAUAGCGUUCAUUCCUGUGCAGGCUCUAUUCCCACACAGAGCAGCUACAAUACAAAUCGAAAAGAUUCAUUAUUAAAUGCUGUGACUAUUGACAAUGAAGAGGUGCAGCUUCUUAAUCAAUUGAAAUACAUUGAAAAGAUUGCUUUACAAGGCGUCAAGAUAAAAGAUAAAAGGAAAUCAAAAAUGAAGUUGAAAAGCGGCGAUCAUUUAAUAUUAAAUAUUCCAAAGUAUCGAUUUACAGACUGGUCGCCAUAUAGCUCAGCGAACAGUUCACGUAAAACAUCACCGGGAGUUUCUAGGGCCAGCAGUAUUGACAGCACCGGCAAGGGCAAAUUAAAAUCUUCUGAGCCUUUUAAGAGCAAAGCUAUCUCACGCAGUCGUCCAGAGUCACGGCGUACCAGUGCUGAUGACAUCAAAGCGGGCAGAGAUGGCAGAGGUAGCAAGAAAUCAAGUCCAAAAGAACGACCUCGUUCAAUUGAAAUGCGUCGUUUGAGCAAAGAUAAGAGCAAGUCGCAAGAGGAAACCGAGGCAGACAUUGCCAAACGCAAGGAGAGACAACAAAAGCUUUAUGAAUCGGCUAUGAAGCAGACAAUCACAAUGCUAAGUCCAGUAAAGGACACGCUUCCUGCCUUUCCUGCACCGGAAGACAAAAUAAUGGUUAAGACCGAUGGUGAUAAGAUAAUCAUCGAAACCGAAUUUAAGUCAAAAGCCGAGGAUCACGUUUUAAUUGCAAAAGCUCCACGCAAACUGGACACAUCGUUGGUUAAGUUCAGUCGUAGCUUUGACGAAGGUCGUAGUCCGGAUAAGCUUGAUAAGGCCAAUCGCAGCUUUGAAGAUCGCAACAAGUCUUUUGAAGACUCUGAGAAAUCUGAUGUACCCGAAGACAUUAUGAUCAAGUCACCAAAGAAAAUGGCAAAGGCUCAGGAAAUCAAACAGAAAAUCGAGGGUAGUGUUGUACACAAGAAAAUUGAUGGCAAAUCCAGCAGUUUAGAAAAGCCUGCUGAACAUCAUUACCUUGGCAGAGAUGUAAAGGCACGUAGCUUAGACGAUAAAAAGCAGGCAACGGCUGAGGCAAAGAAAUCUGAAGAGAAACCCGCAGCUGUUGUACGGAGUGCUAUUGGCGAUCGUCGCAUGUUUGCCCAUCAAUACAAUGUUCAUGAGGAUAUCGAUAUGCAGGCCGUCAUAUCAGAACGUCGUUCCCUGGAAAUAUUAAAGCGUUCGCUGCCUUCUGAAGAUACUCGUGAUAGUGAAUGCACUCAUAGUCGCAAAGCUUCGACGGCUGAGAGUCUCGAUUCCUUUAUUUCCGUAGAUGAUAGUCAUUCACCGGCUAGUAAGUCUCCAAUACCUCCGGCAGAGGGUUAUCCUCAUCGUGUGCCCACUAUUGAAUGUGAGGAGCCUUCGAUUGAAGAAGACGACAUCUCUUCCGAGCGUCGGCAUCUUAAAGUUGGUCGCCAGGAUGUCAAUCGAUUGAGCUUGGAUCGUAGCCGUAGUGAUGAGACCGGCUCCUGGAUAACUGUCGAAUGUGAUGAGUUUAUUGGCUCUGAUACAUCAGACAAUGAGCCGCGAAACCUGGAGCCGGAUCGCAAUGUUCUUGAGACACAAGCAACAUUGGAGGAUGCCAAUCCCCUGGAGUAUUCAAAUUGUGCUACACCCACAUCUGAUCUGAAUAUACUAGUCACUCCACCCAAUGCCAGUCCAAUGAUUGAGAAAUCAGUGCUCGAGACCUUUGAGAAAUAUACUUCGGAGAGUAAGAAGAAAUACAGUCUGGAAAAGCAAAGUGACAAAUCAAAGAGUUCGGAUUCCUGGACAAGUGGUGAAAAGGACAGCAGUCCACAGCGUCAGCAAGAUUGGAGUUUAUCAGUCAGUAAGGAAAAAAGUUCCGUCGAUGAAGAAUCCAGUGUUAGCUGUUCUAUUGCACGCCCCCUGGGCAUAUCACAAGACUUUGGCAACGAGGAGGCCAAGAAAUGUUUGGAGCUCAAGCAGCGUAUGCUACAGCUGGAUGUUGCAGCUAAAGAUGCCGAUAUAGAUAUCACUCCAACUGGUUCCAAUGAGCAAACACCAACCAAUGAACCAAAGAUAAUCAUUAAGAAGCCAACAACUCCUACCCUGGAAAAACAAAGCCCAAUUGAUUUAGGGAAUAGUACCGAAUCCUACUUGGAUCCCAUUGAGGAACGUAUUGCCAAAAUACUUCAAAGAACGGAGGACAGCGAGUCCAGCUCUGGUGGAUCCCGGAAACCUCCGAAAAUUGAGAAACCGGUACGUGCAAAUGCUGGCAAGAAACUUUCUGUAACCAAAACAGAACACGGGAAAUCUGGCAGCGAUCGCAGCUCACAAGAGUCAAAGUCUAGCUUCGACUCAAAGGGAUCACUAAGCGUUGAGUCACGAGGAUCUUUUGAAACUGAGAGCAGCUCUGGAUCAUUAGGGGCAGCUCAACGUAGAGGUGAACUGGCACAGAAGGAACAGCAAAGCACUUGGAAAGCGUUCCCAAUUGAAAGCUCAAAUAGCUCUAGCACGGAUGAUCCUUGGCAUCACGUAGAAACGGAUGGGGGAUAUGAACGAUAUGAUGCACAGAAUCCACUGCGAGAUUCAUCGGACAGUGACAUCAAAGAAGUCUCACCGGAUGAACAAAAGGAGAGCGAUACUAGCUAUCAGGAUGAUCUGAAUGACUUUCCAACCACCUUUGGCUACCCAGCUAUGACCAGCACUCUUGGUGGUAUUGGCGUUAAUCCUACAGAUAUCAUUGGGUACAGCACAGGCUUCACUUUAGGUCGAACCCUCUCUAGGAUUUCCGAGCGUAGCACGGCUUCGGAAAAAUCCAGUAUGGAGGAUGAUGUCAGCAAGGCGUCGACGCAUUCAGUGAGCAUGCGGGAUGAAUCCGUAGGAUCGACUGAUCAUCAACCAAGUCUAAGCUCUGACUCGCGGAGCAAUACAAAUUUGGCCUAUAUAUCCGAUGCUGAUCGUCGCACCUCAGCGGAAAUGCCAGAAAUACCCUGCGAUUCAGCGACUGCAGAUCGACUUUCUAGUAUUGGUAGUUUUAACGAACCUAAAUCGCCUACUUUGGUGACUGGUCGCUUUUCAGUUACACAUGUGGAUGAACAGCAGCCAGAAGAUCUUGAGCGGCACACACUUAUGUGUUUGUCGAAUGCAGGUAGCCAAGACUCAGAGGACUGGCCACUACCAGAGAUACCGUUCGAUCAUGAGCCUGUCAAGCCGCCAGAGACAAUGUAUUCCAUGCCUGAUUUGGACAAACCGGUGCCGAAGUCUUUCUGCUGGAAAGCAAGCUUGUCAUUCCAACAAUCGCAAGACUCAGUGGAUUGGCCUUCACCACCAUCUAGCACAAUCGAUGCACCCAUUGUAGUUGAGAGCAUAGAAACUUAUUAUGCCAGCGAGGUGCAAAGCGCCGAUAAGGUUCUGGUUGACGACGAAAUGAAUGCAGCAGGACCACCCGAUGUGGCUAAGGUGUUGCCAUAUGAAGACACGGCUUAUCUAAUGUCAGCUGCGUUCGAAGACAAGGACUUUGGUAGCGAGAAUAUACAAUUAGAUACCGUCAGCUGUCUGAGCUCUACACUAAGUGCUGCGUCUUGUUUGUCAUCCUCGUUCAAUGUCAGCUGUAGUACAUCCUCCACACAACCGACAGCUAGAGCUGCCGCUGAAAUGCGUAAGGGCUCCAAUCCAGAAGUGAUUGUGGCACAACCCACACGCUCUCCAGCGCCACGUAGUCCAAUAUCGGAAGAUGAAUUAUUCUCUAACGACGACGUCUUCAUGCCUGGCACCAUUAAGGUGCAGUUGUCGCCAGACGCACAGCUACGAAAACUUUCGCGUGGCUCAAACAAUUCAGACACUUCGAUUGAUGAUAUUCUUUCCGGAAGUACGUACCUGGACGACCAGACAACAGUACGACGAAAUUAUGAGGCUCGGUUGAGUAGUGGUGGAAGCUGCAAGAAAUGCAGUCAUUCCAGUCACUCCGAGGAGGAGACAAGCUCCAUAGGCACUGAUCUAGAUGGCACCGUCCGCAUGGGAUUGCAGCAAAAGAAAUGCACGCACAGUUCCCACUCGGAGGACACAUCGAUCGGCUUAAGCAUUUCAGAAUGGUCGACAGGAACCAACACAGUCCGACAGUAUGCGAAUCUAUCCGGAUCUGAUAGUCUAUCGGCUGUAUCUACACAUUCUUGCGCCAAAAGUGAAAAAUCCAAUCAUACCAAAUCUAGCAUUAGUUCCAUUAACAAGUCCGCAGAGAGCCUGAAUGAACAGAGUGGUAGUUUUUCUCAUAAAUUUAGUGGUGACAAUGGAUCUUCUGAUGGUCUACGAUACGAUAUGCUGUCCAAUUCUGAAACUGACAAGUUGAGUGAGCCAACCUCGGCCACGCGAAGCGAUGACACCACUCUUACCCUUACAGAGAUGGCGCACACAAUCAGUGAAUGGUCCACAUCGAGCAGUCGAACGUUGGUGGGAGUGGUUCCCGGCGAGUAUUUACCGUUAAAGCAGCCACGCAUUGCCUCCAAGCCGAAUCUAAGCUCACCCAGCGAGGAGAAGCGCUGCUCCUUGCCUCAGGUGCAUCGCCGCAGUGGAAGCAACGGUAAUCAGGCGCGUUCCAGUCAAGAUCAUACGGAUCAGCCCAUAACUUCAACAGGCCCAGAGACAAGUGCAGCGGCACGAAAGCGUCGAUCGCUCGAAAUGAUGUCCAAGCUAUACCAGAGCCAGGAGAUUUGUUCUGAGUCCGAGUCGCCUUUCGUCGAGCGGUUGUAUGCCCACAGCGAGAAAUUAACGGAACGCUACCAAAGCCAAGAGUUUGUGCCCCUCCACACAACCAGCAGCAGCAGUACAGUCAACUCUAACACAACAACUACCACAACCACUACUCAGAUACAAACGCAACAAUCCCAACAGACCCGACACAAGCCUCGCGCACCACAGCCGCCAACAAAGCCAAAACCAGCUGUCACUAGACCCAUUAUGCAAGCGCUUCUCAACAAAAUGAAACAGCCAGGCUUGGCAGAACAGGCGGCCGCUGCUGCCGAAGCUGAAGAAGCAGCAGCCGCAACAGCUGCUCAAUCCCAGAGGGCAACUGCAACAGCUCCCGCUCCUGUUCCUGCUCCUGUUGUGGCUAAACCAAUGCCGCCACCUGUACCAAGUUUGCCGCCGAUUGUAACUCCAAGUGAUUUACCAGGCAAUGUGUGUGCACCACCGGCGAAACCACUCGCUAAACAUCAUAGCUACGAUGACAAGACGCUAUCGAAGACCCAAAUACGGGAGUUCAAAACAACAAGCAAACAGCUACGACAGUCAAGCUCCUUCCAUGAGCAUAUGCUCAGUAAAUCCCAGCAGAGUAGCCAGGAGCUACCCAUGAGGAUUGACGAGGAACGUGAUGCACACUCCACAUCAUCGGCCACAAAUACGACAACUACAACAAAUACCCUUAACAGCGAGAGCACCGAGCCCAAUUCACCGCAGAUGCCACAGCGAGCGGAUAAAUUGAUACGAUGCUCUCCUUACUACUCGAGCAGCCUGAGCUCCGAGUCACCACCAAAUCAGCUAAUCCAGAAACCACCUCGAAAGGCUGCUGCUGCUGCAGCUGCUGCCGCCCAGUUGGGCGCCGCCGCCGCGGUGGCAACGGCUUUGAAGAGUCCUCCCAGUGGCAAUGAUACGGACAGCUCUCUGGACGUUCGUGGUCAGGAUGUAAAGCAACUGCGAAGUCGUGGCUAUCGGAAGAAACGGCAGCUGCCAGUCAAGCGUAUGCGAGCAAAUCUAAAUGCUGCUGCUUUAUUGGAACAGGCUGAGAGUAGUGAGUGCUCCGAGGGCUAUGUGCCCGAAAUGGACUCGGGUAGCUCGGAAUACUCCUAUCAACGUGAUGAACAAUAUUUGGAGUUCGAUGAGGAGCUCGAACGCGAACAAACCGAUGAAUAUGACGAUUAUCCUCAGUAUAGCGGCGUCAGCAAGUUUGAAAGUCUCGACAUGAGCGAUAAUGUGGAUGAGAUGGGUUUUCCACGUUACGAUCGCCUGGGUCACAUUACUAAGCCCAUGUACCAACCGAUAGUAGAUAAGCCGGCGCCUGCCAAUCAUCCAAUGCCACCUACCAGCGGACAACCUGUUAAACCUGUGCGCACCAAGAAGCGUCAACUGAAGCGUGAAGACUCGCAGGUGGCCAGUACAUCGAGCGCUGCAGCUCAGCAGCCCCAAUCGUAUCAUGGACGUAGCUACUGUAAUCCAGAGGAGAGUGAAUAUGAGUCGCAUGGUGGUGGACUCUCCGAUGAGCUGGCCAACUCUAGUGAAGACAGCGGCGCAGGUGGUGCUGGAGGUAUGGGAACGAUUCGACGAGUAACGAAUCGAAGCUCUCAAUCAGCUGAAGCACAAAGACAGCAACUGCCAUAUCCGGACUUCCUGUGCGACUACGAGACGGAACCCAUUGAAUAUGAGCGCUACGCCUGUGGCUUGGAUAUACGAGUUGAUCCCCCUCCAAAAUUCCAUGAUUCAGAUGACCUAAGUGAUCGUUAAGUGGAGAUUUUUUAAAUAUCAGCAGCAUUUUCCAUUUCUUAAGUUGCCUUGAACAAUUUUUAGAACAACUCUACGACUUUUUACACACGAUCCAAAUAUAACCAACUUAUUUGUAAUUGAGACUGAUUUACGACAAACUGAAAAACAAAACAAGAAUAUCGUACAAUCCAAAAAUACCAACACUAAACCAAAUGAAAAAACUAAGUGCUGCUAAAAAAAAACAAGAUGAGUAUUCAUACAACCCUUUUAAGGAGUUAAAUAAAUCAAACUGAUAUUUUAAUCAAAUACUAUAUAUUAACAAAACUAUGAAAAUCAAUACCAUAUGUCAGUGGAGAAGAAUAUUGAGGAUGUUGAAAAUGGAAAUGGAAAGCAGUUGGAGUUGCAGUUGGAUUACUUCCAUAGAGUCUAUAUAAUGUUAUAGAAGAGCCAAAAAGAUAUUAAAAAAACAAACAUUUAUAAAGCGAGUUGAGCAAUUUUUAAUGCACUGUUUAAUCAUCGAAUAAUAAUAUUAAUUAUUAACAAAAUACAACAAAGAUAUUUAAAUGUUAUUUAGCAAAAACAAAACAGAUGAAAGAAAACCGACUUAAAAAAGAGAAGCAUAAAAGUUCACGAUGAAAUAAUUAUUUAAAACUUAAUUAAAUUACGAUAAGUAUUUGAUCAGUAUUACGUAUUAUCUAAAUAAUAAGUUCGAGUUACAGUGUCAAAUGUUUAAUCUACCCAAUAACACAAAAAUUUAUAUGUCGUGCUAUAUGCCAAACCUGCUUGUCAAGAUCUCUUAUGCAAUAUUUUUAUCAGAAUCGUGGAAUUCACGAGGAAAGAAAAGCAUUUAUUUGAGUCGAUCUAUGAAAAUUCUAGAUACUUUUUUAAAUAUAUGUACUUAUAUAUUAUAUUUUAUAUAGAUCUUAUGCUAUUUACAUAAGUUUCUAAUUUUGAAGCGGAAACAGUUUUAAAAGAAAUCGAUAAGUAAUUAUAUUUAAAAACCCUUGAGAAACAUCAAAAAGUUGUAAUAGCUUUAGUUCUAGUACUUAAAUGUGCCAAAAAAAAAAUCUAAAAUGGAAAUGUAAAACUCAUAUUGACAGUUCUCUUAUCUCAUAGAUUCUCAUCGAUUCCACAUAAACAGUAACAUGUUGAAAGUAGAAUUGUUGUAAUAAUGGAAGGAAGAAUAAGCCCAUGUUAUGAGUUUAGGUCAAUUGAAUUUAAACCUAACAAAAUCAAUUGAAACCCUGUUAAGUUUGCAAAACCCAAUCGAUCAUUUUUAUUAUAUUAGUGGAAACGAGUAUUAAAUUGUUAAGAAUAAUGCGAAUUAAGAUAUAUGGUAAUAUGUAGAGUAUGCAGAAUAUACCCAACGUACAAUAAUUUCAACUAUUCAUUGGAUCAAAAGUAUUUUAAUCAAAAUAAAAGAUACCAUUCCUAUUGACACACAAAUGUUUAGCUUUAGUAUUAAAUCAAAUCUACAAAUAAAAUCUGUGUUGAAUUUUUGGAGAGUUUAUAUCGUUUUUUACCCACUUAGACCCGAUUUUAGUUAGUUAGCUUAGUCAAAUGUUUUUACAUUUUUGUAAAGUGUACAUUUAUAAAUAUUAUAUAUAUUUUAUAUUUAUUGAGUUUCUAUGUGCUCUCAGAAUUUCAGUUACUUACUAACUGAUCUCUUCAGUGUAGCUUCCAAUUUAAUUAAGGGUUAAAUUUCACAACAAUUAUUUUACAUAAAUACGAGAAGUUUUAUCUCGUACUUAGUAAAGUAACUUUAGAAAAGAGCAACAUUUAAAAUUGAGAUAGCUCUAGAUUCAGUGCAGUGGGUAUACAAAUUAAAUAUUGAAAUAUAAAUAAAUUAUUGUCUACUUCUUCGAGAGCAAAUUAAUGAUGAUUUAAAAUUAAUUUACAUUUAAAGUGGUAAACAAAAAAUCAAUAUAUAAAACAUUAGCUGAAUUUUAGCAAGUAAGAAAUAUAAAAAUUAAAUUAAAAGCAAAAUCCAAAUCGUUUAACACUUCUAACUCAGUUGAUGACACACAUGAUUUUUAAAAAUUUUAAGAAUCAAUUUCAUGAUAAAGCGUAAUUUAAUUAUUGAUGAAAAAUCUAUACUUGAGCAACCGAUUAAACCAGUAUUAAAUUAUAUAGAAAGACAAAAUAAAUAAAUAAAA